UAUAGUCUACAUUCUUCUAACAAUAAAGUCCGUAGUCCGUUAAUUGUGUGAACUGGAUUACAUUUUUUACGCCUGCCUACAAUGCCACUACGUCGGACAAUAAUAAUCGCAUUAAAAAAGUAUAGAUUAAUAGCCUUAAUUCUCGUGAUAAUUACUCAUUCAAUUAAAAAUGCUAUGGCUGAAUUGAAAUUGCUGAAUGUGAUCUUCAGACAUGGAGAUCGAGCUCCCGACAACAAUGGAUUGGAACUUUACCCACGAGAUCCCUAUGUAAAUAACUCAUUUUGGCCUGAGGGAUUGGGUGGUCUUACAAAUUCAGGCAAAUUACGAGAGUACAACUUAGGCAAAUACCUUCGAAAAAGCUAUGGAUAUUUUUUGGGAGACGUUUACAUUCCUGCGGAAAUCAGAGCUCGCAGUACCGAUAUAGCUCGAACGAAAAUGAGCUUGCAACUCCUUCUCGCUGCUCUUUAUACUCCUGAGCGUCAGCAAAAAUGGAAAUUGGACUUGGAUUGGCAGCCAAUACCUAUUGAUACUGUUGCCAAAUUGGACGAUAUUCUCAUGAUUCCCGAAGAAUGUCCAAACUAUUUGAAAGUACGCGAACAAGUGGAAACGUCAUCGGAGUUCAAAGUGAAACUUCGUUCUUUCGAGAGUUUUAUGCGAAAUUUGUCAUCGAACACUGGAAAAAAUAUAUCACACUCGAAUGACAUGUACUUUUUGUAUCACACACUGAUGGCUGAACACUCUCUAGACCUACCUCUACCUAAAUGGACUAAAAACAUUUUUCCUUAUGGCAAAUUGUUAGAUGGCAUCAGUCUAGAAUAUAAAAUUUCCAACUAUAAUACCGAAAUGAAAAGAAUGAACGGCGGUAUGCUACUGCGAAAAUUCAUUGAUGAUAUGGUCACCUACAGCAAUGGUAAACUUGAUCGGAAUCGUAAGAUUUUCCUGUACAGUGGACAUGAAACUAACGUGGUAGCUGUACUUCAAGCCUUAGGCGUUUAUUAUCCUCAUGUUCCUGAAUAUACCAGUGCUGUUAUAAUCGAACUUCAUGAAGUAAACUCUAAAUAUUAUGUUAAGGUUAUUUAUUACAAAGGUAUAGCUAGGCCAAAUGAAAAUUUAUUCGAAGAAAUGUAUGUGACGGGCUGCAAUAAGAAUUGCUCUUUAGAUAGGUUUCAGAAUGUUUUAAAAAAUGUCACUGCUAUCGACAAUGAUAUCAAAAGUUGCGACAAGCGAUCUCUUCGAGGUAUUAUUCAAGAAAUGUCCAUUGCCCCGGGUAUUAUCAAACAAAUAGUCGAUGAGCUCGACAUUGAAGACAGUUUGCGUAAUAUGUUAUUGUAUUAG